GUCCCAGUUGAUCCAGGUUCUUCAAUAGCAGUCAAUUCUGCCUCCAUCUAUUACUAUGGAAAAAAGAGAUUGUCCCUAUUUCGCCGGAGAGUGUCAGUAUUGGUGAACAUUGAAUAGUUUGUUUGUUCUAAUUCGAGUCUAUUUGGCGGGUGACAAGAAGGCUGUCGUUGCUUAACCCUGCGUGAUGUGUUUUCGCGCUAAGUAUGAGUUAUUACGUUCAUGCCUACAGAGGCGUUAGAAGCGUUUCUUUUUGUGUAAAUGAAGCAUACUUAAUCAGUUUUAGGCUUCUGCUCUCAAAAAGAGUAAUACUUUUCUUGUAUGAUGUCAUUAAUAAUCCAUGUGCCAACUCUCAUUUACGGUGCAAAAUAACGCAACCACAUCAAUGAGCCGGUUGCUGAGCGCAGUCCUCAAUAAAAGCCUAGCAAGACUGAUGACUUAUAAGGGUACUGCAGAAAAGACUGAUGUCCGAAACUUCACAUUUUUCCAACACACAAUUAGUAUGUUGGGCUUUUGGAAUCAGAACACUAUACUUAAAAAAUUCAGAUAUCAUCACUUGUAAGCAAUUGCAACUUGAGUCCACCGAGGAGGAAACAAUCGAAGCGAUUGUGAAAGCCACCAAAAAUUUGUGCCAUGAUCAACGUAUUCGGAAAAAAUUGGAUUUGUCACCAGAAGAGGUCGUUUUUAAGGAGAAAGUAUUCCCAGUUUUUAUGCACUUAAUGGUUAUUGAUGCGUAUUCAACUGCUUCCCUCUUUUCUUCAUUACAGAUGUGUGCCAACGUCAUUCACCCUGGGCCCAGCUAAUCCCUGUCUUCAGAAUAAUUUAUGAAGCCAUUUUGUAGACUUUUUCAUCUGGUUACCAUUUUUAUAAAACCGAUAUUUCACUGUA